AUGCUGCUGCUGCUGGAGGCGAGGUGCAGGCCCUCACAGACCUCUGCUGACUCCCAGCCCCCAGCCAGGAUAGCGAUUGCUUGUGCAGCAGGAGGCAAAGUGCAGGCCCUCAAAGACACUGCUGCAGACUCCCAGCCCCCAGCUGGGAUCCAGAUCACAGUAGGGGGAGAGAGCAAUAUCUCUUGGCGUCGGCUGGGAUUUGCAUUGCUGCUGCCUGAGGCACUGGGCGCUGCUGGAAAUGAGCUGCUCUCUCCUGCAGCCGGAAAGUGUGCCCCGGCCUCCACCACCACCAAUUUCCUGCUGGGAUCAAAGCAAAUUAUAAUUGUUCCAGGUAAAUUUUGCAUUUUCACUGGCUUUCCAUUGCUCUUUUUCUUUACAGUUAUUUUCCCAUUCCUUACCCCAGUUUUUGAAAUAUUAAAUAUCUGGAUGUUUCCAAAAAGGGUUACUGAAUUUUUCACAAAAUCUGUAACAAGGAUGAAGGAAAGCCGCCUCAAAGAUAAACAAAAGCACCGAGUGGAUUUGCUUCAGCUGAUGAUUAACUCCCAGAAUUCCGAAGAAAUAGACACCCAUAAAGCUCUGUCUGAUCUGGAGCUUGUGGCCCAAUCGAUUAUCUUUAUUUUUGCUGGCUAUGAGGCCACCAGCACUUCUCUUUCCUUCCUUGUGUAUGAAUUGGCCACUCACCCUGAUGUCCAGCAGAAGCUGCAGGAGGAGAUUGAUGUGACUUUCCCCAAUAAGGCACCUCCCACUUAUGAUGCCCUUGUACAGAUGGAGUACCUUGACAUGGUGUUGAAUGAAACUCUCAGAUUAUACCCAAUUGGUGGUAGACUUGAAAGGGUCUGUAAGAAAGAUGUGGAAAUCAGUGGUGUGUUCAUUCCCAAAGGGACAGUGGUGAUGGUGCCAACCUAUACUCUUCACCGGGACCCGAGUCUCUGGCCAGAGCCUAAUGAAUUCCAUCCUGAAAGGUUCAACAAGAAGAACAAGGACAGCAUAAAUCCUUAUAUAUACCUGCCUUUUGGAACUGGACCCCGAAACUGCAUUGGCAUGAGGUUCGCGGUCAUGAACAUGAAAUUUGCUAUUGUUAGACUCUUGCAGAACUUCUCCUUCAAGCCUUGUAAAGAAACACAGAUCCCCCUGAAAUUAACCGCUCAAGCUCUUAUUCAACCAGAAAAACCCAUUGUUCUCAAGGUUGAGCUGAGAGAUGGGAGUGUGAAUGGAGCCUGACUUUCCCUAAGGACUUCCCUUUCAUUCUUCAAGAAGCGUGUCCCAGAAUACCAGAGACUUCAACUUACUUUGUGAGUAAGCCCCAGAAAUGAAGGUGGACUUCAUGUACUGCUCAUGUUGGGUAGGGAUUAUGUAGCUUUCUGUGUUUGUGUAGAGCAUUAUAUAUUGUGGAGAGUAAAAGAGGUGACUAGUAAGUGCCAGACAUGUAGACUCUGCCUAUCGUAUUUCCAUAGACCACCCCCAGUUAGUACCAUCUACUCCACUGAGCACUGACCAAGAAUAAAAACUUCUCAAUAAUUUUAUCAACAAACUUUAAUGAAAACAAGAAUUAUUGUAGUAAAUGUUAUAGUGACAUUUCACACAUCUUAUUCUCAAUAUUCUAUGUUAAGUAUGACACUGAUCAUGUCAAUAAACAUCUCUUUACAAAA